ACAUGUUCAUGUAGAAACUAGCUGCAGUACACCCAUCUUUCCCUUCCUCCUUUUAACUCGGCUGUAAACAUGGUGUCACCAGCAGUUAACUAGAGAAAGCUUUUGGAUUGGUUUGUUCUUCAAAGAGUUUUCAGCUGUGGGUCAUUAGUCCAAAGUCCAGUCCUUUAGUAGGCCUCCACAGCUGUGCACACGUGGCUCGGAUUUAUCUGCCAGCGGACUUUUGGCGAGCUAAAAUACUUCAAGAGAUAAAAUGAUGCACUGGACCAAAAUGAAGAAAGAAGAGCUCGAGAGGCAGUAUUCACCCAGCCGGUGGUCGCACAGGAUGUCGGCAGACGACGUGAUCAAGGCUCACGUGAAGGCUUUAAAGGAAGGUACGGAGCGUGCCCGGGGUCUGGCUCAAACGUUGCUCAACGUGCCAUAUGGAGAAGGAGAUGGAGAGAAGCUGGAUGUCUACAUACCCAGCACCAACUCUUUGGAUGUCCCCCUUGUUAUUUACCUACAUGGAGGCUACUGGCAGUUUCUCAGUAAGGAGGAGUCAGGAUUCAUGGCUGUCCCCCUCAUUGAUAAAGGCGUAGUAGUGGUUGCCGUCGGCUAUGACAUCGCCCCCAAAGGCAACAUGGACCUGAUGGUGUCUCAAGUACGUAGGAGUAUUGUGUCCGUUGUGCAGCAGUAUUCUCACAUCAGUGGUCUGUACCUGUGUGGCCACUCAGCUGGGGCUCACCUGGCUGCAAUGGUCCUCUCCACUGACUGGUCGCAGUACAGCGUCACUCCUCAGAUCAAAGGUGCUUUCCUCAUCAGUGGCAUAUAUGACCUGCUGCCCAUUCUGUCCACCUACGUCAAUGAGCCUCUGAAAAUGACAGAGGAGGUGGCGGUGAGGAACAGCCCCAGCAAGCUGGUCCCUCAGCUCAAACUCUCCUCGUCCAGCUGCCACAUCAUUGUGGCCGUUGCUGAGAAUGACUCACCGGAGUUUCGCAAGCAGUCGGAAGACUACCACAAAACUUUGGAGGCGUCCGGACUGGAUGUGACCAUGGAGGAUGUGCCGAACACAGACCACUUCAGUAUCGUUGAGCAGCUGGUAGAUGGAGAGUACCACCUAACAAAGCUCCUCUUGAAGAUUAUGGGAAAGAGCUGAGGCUGUGGUCUUUGAUCCGUCAUCUAACAUCAACAUACCUCUGUAUCAACAUUCACCUCUGAACAGAGUCAUCGUCCACAGAUACUGAUAAUAUAUGCAUUAUUUCAGGUAAAUGUACGAGUUCUAUCAUUUUGAUUGAUCAACAACGAGGUGGCAUGGAUUGUUCCAGCUGUCGAGUUUAAUGUGUCAUUAGUUGUAUCUCUUUGUUCGCUGUAGACACUACUGUCAGGAAAAAUGUGUUAUGAAAAUAUUGUGUGCCUAAAACUGAGUCACUUCAAGAAUGGUGAUUGUAGCAAAUUAUACUGCUGUCAGACCUGCUCAUAUUCAGCUGUAAGCAGACUAUUUAACAACCACAGUGCACAGUGUUAUCGUCAGGAAGCCACUGGCACAUUAGAAGUUGUAGAGCUGAUGGUUAGUUUGGUAUAUAUCCAGUGUUAUGUAAAAGGGUGGGUCUGUCUGUUAUGUUUUUCUUUCCUGUGACACUGUACCACUGCUUAACGUCCAUGAACUGGAGCUCACGUCACGAGCACUGAUACAUCAUACAAACUGAAUGUAGCUUUUCAUUGUAACCUACACAGGGAACUUGAAUUAACACUAUAUAUUUGCACUGUGUAUUUGAUGAUGAUAGAGUACGUAGAAGAGUACUGAUAUUUAAAUACACAUUUUUAAAGAAUAAACGGGGCUACAUUUAACUGACGCACAUUGUUACUGCUCCCAUUCUAGCAUCAUAAAUAAUUGUUUACAUUGUUGUUCGCACAAAGUGUUCUAUUAAUCAUUACUGUAGAUUAUAAAGAGAAUCAUCACAAUAAAUAUUUAUAUUUGAGAA